CCACAAAAACUCAAAGACUUUCUUCACAUUUCACAAAAAACAUUAUUUCAGCAAUCACAAACUAUUUCUUUAUUUAAUAGUUCCUCAACAUCCUAAAGAAAAAUGGCAAUCAGUAUGGGGCGCAUUCUCCGUGGGAAGCAAGGAGGCCUCAGAAGGUCUUCCUCAAGAACAAACAGAGAAAGUGAGGUUCCUAAGGGUCACUUUGCAGUUUAUGUAGGGGAGGGCGAGAAGAAACGUUUUGUCCUUCCAAUAACAUACUUGAAGGACCAUUCAUUCCAAGAGCUGCUAUGUCAAGCUGAAGAAGAAUUCGGAUUUGAUCAUCCAAUGGGUGGGCUUACGAUUCCUUGUCCUGAAGACACCUUCCUAGACAUCAUCUCUAGCAUGAGUAGUAGAUCCUGAUAGACUUCAGAUAUCUUAGUUCCUAGGCAUCAAAACAAUUUUGUAGAGAAGCUUGUUCUCGUACAAUGUUCUAUUCUUUUUCCUGGUCAGAUUGGGAAGUACAUAAAAGAAUUAAUUUCUUUCAUCAAUUGUUCUGAAUCUAUUUAACCCGUGUUACUCAUUAUCCCGAAUGAUUAAAGAACUCUCAAACAGCAUGGUUUGUCCUUUCUCUUGUGGAAAUCUCUCUAACAUUUCAAACAAAAAAGCCAACCCACAUUUGGAAGAAGCUGGUGAGCAAAGAUACUAAAAAGUUCUUGCAUGCUUACAAAUUUUCAACUUCUCAGCCCUUCUUGGUUGGGUGAAGCUGGUGGGCACAAAUAAAAAGUAGCUGCUGAA